CCGUUUCCAGGGGGAUUCAGUUGGCGGCUGAAAAGCGCCAAAUCAAACACAAUGAAGGAGUAACAACUAAAUACGUAUUUAGUUUGACUACAACAUGGAGCAACUCUACAGCAAAGGGUUACAAGUGAACGUGAGGUGCAGGGACUGUGAGGAGAGGAAAGCAAACAUCCGAGUCUCCAUUGAGCUUCAGUUGACGAACAGUCCAGUACACAAAAGGGAUCUUCUAGUAAGACUAACAGAUGAUACUGAUCCAUACUUUCUCUUCAACCUCUCUAUAUCAGAAGAAGAUUUCCAAAGCUUGAAAGUCCAACAGGGGCUUCUGAUAGACUUUGCAUCAUUUCCUCAGAAGUUUAUUGACCUGCUUAAUCUGUGUUAUUCUGAGCAAGAGUCAGACGAUCCAAGGUUUCUCUUGCACUUGUCCAGUCAGUCUCUAGUGCUUGAAGGCCCUGCCAACUUCAGUGUUGUAGAGACAAAUGCAUUUAAACACCUGAACCACUUGUCUUUAAGACUUGUACAUGGCUCUGAUAAAGAGAUUAAAGACUAUCUGGCAGUGUGUCUCUCCUCUCUCAAGGCAGAGAAGCAGGCCCUAGAGAUGAAGCUUCAGAAGACUGACGAGGAUCUGUCCAGGCAGCUGAGUUAUGCCCAACAGACGCUGUCUGAAAAGACAAAAGAGUUGGACAAACUGCGUUCAGAGUGGACAAGUCAGACCAGCUCUCUGUCCAGCCGUCAUUGUCAGGAGUUGCAAUCAGAGAGGGAGAAAGCUGUAGAGUUACAGAGCAGACUUCAGCAGCAGACGGAGCUGCUCCGUCAGGAGCUGGAGAGUUCACAUAAGAAGAGCAGCCAGCAGCUCCACAGCAGACUGACAGAGCUGGAGGCCUCUUGCAGAGAGCUGACAGAGAGGAAAUACAAAAACGAGUCUGUCAUCAGAGACCUGAAAAUUAAACUAGUAGGUGCAGAGGAGGAGUGCCAGCGUUCAAAGCAGCAGAUCCUGUCUCUCAGGAGGGAGAACAGCUCUCUGGACACAGAGGUCCAUGACAAGGAGCGUUUGGUGAGCCAGCUGCAGAUGAGAGUGUCUGUUUUGGAACAUGAGAUCAAAGAUAAGGAUCAGCUCAUGCACCACUCAAAAGAGGUGCUGGAAGCCACUCAGCAGCAGAAGGAAUCAAUGGAAGAAAAUGCUGAAAUUAAAGAACUUCAGAUUAGAAAACUUGAGGCAACAGUGAAAUCCCUGUCUGAGGAGCUGAUAAAGGCUAACGGUAUCAUUAAGAAGCUGCAGGGAGAGGUUCGAGGCCUAGUUGGAAAAAUAAAAGUGAAAAACACUGUGACUGUGUCACAGGAGAAGCUCCUCCAAGACACAUCAGGAAAACUUGAGAAUGUUGAAAAGGAUCUACAGAGCACUCAGCAGCAGCUCGUCACCAGGGAUGAGCAGGUUUCAAAACUGAAGGAGCAGUUGGAGACGACGGUACAGAAGCUAAAUGAAAGCAGAGAGGUGUUGAAGACAAAUGAGAAUGUUAUAAAUUGGCUCAACAAGCAGCUAAAUGAAAAGCAGUUCUGCAGAAAGUCACAGUCUCCUGAACCUUUGGACAGGCAUUCACUUCUAUCAGCAGCAACAGGACUGAAGACAGGUGCAGCGUCUCCUGCUGAUCAGCGAUCAGUGCAGCAAACCAUGAGACACACUGGAGCCCCUGCAGGUCUGGAUUCUAAGUACUUUGAGAGGAGAGAUGAUAGCAUCCCAGUCUAUGGUCUGUCACCUAAUGUGUUCCCCAAAGAGUUCCCUCAGCAAACAAAGCCCUCCGUAGCUUCUGCUUACUUCUCUGCAUGAAGCAGAAGCAGCGGGAUUCCUUGCAUCACACUGAAUUGCAAUUUAACUCCAGGUGGAAGUGAAACCAUACUAAUCUGUAACUGACCUACUGUGUGGAAUUCACUUUAUAAGUAGCUUCUGUUGCUGUUUCAAUUUGUGUGCUUAUGUUUUACACAUCUAUCUUCUGAUCUGUGGUCACAGUAAAUGCUGUAGCACCUUUCUGAAUGGUGGAUUCCAGUGAUCAUGGAGAAUGUAUUAAAGUCUUUAAAUUGAAAUAUACUAUUUUUCCUUAAACAGUAUAUGACGUUUGCCAUCCUUUUGUGUUUAUAUUGUGUUUUGAUUGCUGUUGUAUUUAAGUUAUGAAGUGUAGUCUUUAAUAAACUGUUUCCAUCCUUAUGCUAC